UAUUUUGAAUAUCUGAGUUGCAGUGUCUAAUACAAACAGCUGGGUAUUGAUCAGUUUUAUAUUAAUGGUGUUGCGGUAAUUGUUAGCGUCUCUCGUGACUAUUUAGUUAAUCAUGGUUGAGGGUCCGGGCUGCACGCUGAAUGGGGAGAAGAUUCGAGCUCGCGUUUCACCGGGACAAGCCGUGCAGGCACUGCGGGGAAGCGCCGUUACUAGCCAGAAGUCAAAUGCUCAGCCAUUUCCCUCCCGCGCAUGUGUUUUACCUUCACUUGUCGGAUGCAGUUUUACCGGUGUAGAAACCUUAGGGAAGGAGCUUUUUCUGUAUUUUGGAGCAAAAUCAUUACGAGUACACUUUGGCAUGAAUGGGUCGAUGCGGAUUAAUCCAACUGAGAACAAGGACAGAAACGGACACCCAGCUGCUUUGGAACUGAAACUUGCAAGGGAUGUGAUUUGCUUCUAUGACUCUACAUUUGACAUUAGAAAUGCCUUGGAUUGUCAAGAGAAAGUAAGAUUGUUUGGAGAUUUGGACGCUUGCUCCCCUAAAUUUAGUUUUGCGAGAGCAGAAUGUGAGGUUAAGAAACAGGGGAGUCGUAUUCUCUGUGAUGUGCUGCUUGAUCAGAAUGUGUUGCCUGGAGUUGGGAACAUUAUUAAAAAUGAAGCUCUUUUUGAUAGUGGUCUACAUCCUGCAGUACAGGCAGGUCUUCUAACAGAUGCACAAGUAAGCCAUCUAGUGAAAAUGACAAGGGACUUCACUCUUCUGUUUUAUAAGUGUCGAAAGUCUGGUGCAGCCCUUUACAAACACUACAAAGUGUACAAAAAGCCGAACUGUGGCCAGUGUGGUGCAAAGAUCACGGUUUGCCGCCUCGGAGAGAACAAUAGAAUGACUUACUUUUGCCCUGGGUGUCAGAAGGAUAACCCCCAACGUGUUGAUGUAAGUAAGCUGCCAACAAGAAAUAGUCUUAUUGGGUGGGCAUGUAGACAAGGAUCACAAGUAAAAGAAGAUGUGGCAAGACGUGAUGAAGAACAGUGGUCGUGUGGCAUGUGUACACUCAUAAACAAGCCUUCAGACAAACAAUGUGACGCUUGUCUAACUCCAAGGCCACAAGGUUCCUCAAGUGUAUCCAAUAACGAUACUGAAGAUAUUGACAUUGACCUGGUUAAAUAUCCUUGUAAUAAUUUUGGAAAGCCACUCUCUGAGGUGAAGUUAAAUAGAAGAACAGCAUUUGGAAACGUAACGUUGGUGAUGUCUGAUUUUAGUACAAACAGCACUUCACGUAAUAUGAAUACCAAUCCACUUCCUAACCAUAACUCUCUUCUUGAGACUUCAGUAAAUAAUGAAUACGGUAACUCAAAGACCACAAGUAAGAGAAGGGAUUGUGAAAAUGAGCAGGGGGCAAAUACUUUCAAUAUGUUCAACGGUGGUUUGGCACCAGACAACUGGAGUUCCCUUAAUCACCCACAGAAGAAAAUGAAGAACGAUGACCCAGCGCCAAAAUGCAAUUCUAGCAUCAGCUCACCAGUGAGUUCACCGCGUGUUAACCUGACAGGUGGCACUUCUGCUUUAAAUAAAAGUAGCCCUCUCUGUGGUAAACACCAGCGUCCAUGUACACUCCAGGUUGUAAGGAAGGAUGGCGAUAACAAGGGGAGGCAAUUUUAUACUUGUUCCCUUCCCAGAGAAACACGCUGUGAGUUUUUUGAAUGGGCAGACUUACAUUUUCCUUCCUGCCACCAUGCGAAACGGUGUGUUAUGAGAACAGUGCUGAAGAUUGGUCCAAAUAACGGAAAGAAUUUUUAUUCUUGUCCAUUAGGCAAGGAUAAGCAAUGUGGUUUCUUUGAAUGGGCAAAAUGAUCCGACUGGCUUUACUUGGCAUUAGCGGUAAUUAUGUAACCUUUUUAAAUGUUUUACUGUUUGAAUAUUCAGACUGUCUUUAUAUACUGUCAUUUAUACAAUCUAAAUAUCUGUGUCUGAUCCUACCUGUAUUUUACUUUCUC